AUGAGAAACAAAAGUCUAGACACUCUUCAUCUAAUCAGCUUUCCAGAUGCUGUGGACUACUCACCUAUGUCACCAGAAGGGCUAGAUGUUAACCUCGUAAGCCAAAACCGCCGCAGUUAUAUCUCAAAGCUGAGCAACUGCUCCUCUUCUUGGCCAGUCGGAUCUUUGGAUGCAUCGUGUCCUUGCCCCGUGUUAACCACACAACGCCACGACGAUGAAUUGAGAAACUUGCACCUCGCCCUGAAAUUCGCAAUCGAGGAUAUCAUCACGCGAUGGUGGACAGAUGAGGAAGCCCGGUUCCCUCUGCGCAUGCCGUUGGAGCCAGAAGAGGAAGACCUAUUGCGCUGGAUCCACUCGAACCGACACCUGUUCCCACCAUGGAAUGAGCGACAAGGAUCUUGGAGACCAGACUUUUUGGUGGAGAAAGAUGAAGCUGGCAUGGAGGGUUUUCGUAUUUGCGAGAUCAACGCGAGGUUCUGCUGGAAUGGGUAUAUGCAUUCCGGCUUUGGUCAGGACUCACUUUCGGCAUUCAAUCUUGCGUCGCGGGGUCUGACUCAUGCUGUAGAAGCUGAAACGAUUCUGGGUGGAUUGUUGGAACUAUUUGACAGCAAGUUUCCUUUGCAUCUUGUCAAAGGCGAAGAACACGGGAUUGAUAUCGCGAUGUUUAUCGAAUUUGCUCAUCAGAAACUUGGGAUAAAGCCGCGACUCAUAACUCCGGACACUCUGCGACUGAUCCCAGAUCCCUCCCAGUCUGGGAAAAGGGGAUACAAGCUGUGCUGCCUUGCUGAACCGGAUGCUGAUGAAACAAUCACAACCGAGUCCGGCGAGAUAGUGGAAGAGAUUCACCAAAUUUCUCUCGAACUUCACCAGCGGGAGAUCAAUGCUCUUGAUCCGGAGAUGAAACGUCAGAUCAGCUUGCGGUGUUUCAACGACAUGCGAACUAUCCUACUUGCUCAUGACAAGAGAAUGCUGGGACUCGUUCUUGAAGAACUCAACAAUUUAGUCUUUAGGAAUAUCAUCACUCCUAAACAGGCGGAAUGGCUUGAGCGAGGCUUAGCUCACACGAUUCUACCGGGCUCGACAGAAUUGAAGGAAUUUAUCAAGAAUUGCAAAGCCUCGAAUGUGUUCCAAAACGACUACCUCCUGAAACCGAUCAGGGGUGGGAAGGGAGCUGGUAUCUUGUUUGGUGACGAGGUGGACCAUUCCGACUGGCUAGCCCUGCUGGAGCCGAUGCGGUGUCCGAGACUGCGACCUGGAAAGACCCUCUACGUUGUACAGCGUAAAGUUCACCAACCAUACUAUGACGUGCUCUUGGGAUCGAAAGCCAAGUCUGAGCGAUGCCAUAUGGUUGGGACCUAUCAUGCAGUCAACGGUCGCUAUCUUGGACUAGGAGCCUGGCGAUGUAGUCCCGGGAGAUUAUGUGCUAUAUCUAAUGGGGCUACUUGGAUGUGUUCAGUAAAGCAGCGUUCCUAG